AUACUGCUACUCUAACAUGUUUUUCUUCUCUUGACACUUGCAUAUGCAAUAAUCCAUAGGAGUUUGUGUUUGUGCUUGAAGAGUGGUAGUUGUUGUUGAAGUACAUCGUUUCAAUCCUGGAUCCCAAAAUUUGGGGUCACAGUUAGUGAGAGCAAAGUUUUGGUUUGGUGGCCUAGAGAGACGCACAGAAGAACAAGAUGGGGGACAAGUCCCAGGUUUUGGAGGCUGUGUUGAAGGAAACUGUGGAUUUGGAGAACAUACCCAUUGAGGAAGUUUUGGAGAAUCUGAGAUGUGGCAGAGAAGGUCUCAGCAGUGAGGCUGCUGAGGAGAGGCUCACCAUUUUUGGUCACAACAAGCUUGAAGAGAAGAAAGAGAGCAAAUUUUUGAAGUUCUUGGGAUUUAUGUGGAAUCCUCUGUCAUGGGUUAUGGAAGCUGCUGCUAUAAUGGCAAUUGCGCUUGCAAAUGGAGGGGGGAAGGCGCCUGAUUGGCAAGAUUUUGUGGGUAUCAUUACCUUGCUUGUCAUCAAUUCAACUAUCAGUUUCAUUGAGGAGAACAAUGCUGGUAAUGCUGCAGCAGCUCUCAUGGCUCGGCUCGCUCCAAAAGCAAAGGUUCUUCGAGAUGGUAGGUGGAGUGAGCAAGAUGCUGCGGUCCUGGUUCCUGGUGACAUAAUCAGCAUCAAGCUUGGUGAUAUUAUUCCAGCUGAUGCUAGGCUUCUUGAAGGGGAUCCUUUGAAAAUUGAUCAAUCUGCACUUACGGGUGAAUCACUGCCAGUGACAAAGGGUCCAGGCGAUGGUGUUUAUUCUGGUUCUACCUGCAAACAAGGAGAGAUUGAAGCUGUGGUCAUUGCUACCGGUGUUCAUACCUUCUUUGGUAAAGCUGCUCAUCUUGUGGAUACUACCAAUCAAGUUGGACACUUUCAAAAGGUCUUGACUGCAAUUGGGAACUUCUGCAUAUGUUCAAUUGCUGUGGGGAUGGUAAUUGAGAUUAUUGUUAUGUAUCCUAUCCAAGAUCGGCCGUAUCGUCCUGGAAUUGAUAACCUCCUUGUGCUUCUUAUCGGAGGAAUUCCAAUUGCCAUGCCGACAGUUUUAUCUGUGACCAUGGCCAUUGGUUCUCACAGGCUAUCUCAGCAGGGAGCUAUCACAAAGAGAAUGACAGCCAUUGAAGAGAUGGCAGGCAUGGAUGUGCUUUGCAGUGAUAAGACUGGGACUCUGACAUUAAAUAAGCUUACUGUUGACAAAAAUCUUGUUGAGGUUUUUGCAAAAGGAGUGGAUCCAGAUACUGUUAUUUUGAUGGCGGCCAGAGCUUCAAGGCUUGAGAAUCAAGAUGCAAUAGAUACAGCCAUUGUUGGGAUGUUGGCUGAUCCAAAGGAGGCACGUGCUGGUAUACAAGAAGUACAUUUUCUUCCUUUCAAUCCUACGGAUAAGCGGACAGCAUUGACUUAUCUCGAUCAAGAUGGUAAAAUGCAUAGAGUAAGCAAAGGUGCACCAGAACAGAUCCUGAAUCUUGCACACAAUAAGGCAGACAUUGAACGUAGAGUUCAUUCAGUGAUAGACAAGUUUGCCGAGCGUGGUUUAAGAUCUCUUGCUGUAGCAUACCAGGAAGUUCCAGAUGGAAGGAAAGAGAGUGCUGGAGGCCCAUGGCAAUUUAUUGGCCUUUUGUCUCUCUUUGACCCACCUAGGCAUGAUAGUGCAGAAACAAUACGGAGGGCACUAAACCUUGGAGUAAAUGUCAAAAUGAUUACAGGGGAUCAACUAGCUAUAGGAAAGGAAACAGGUCGUCGUUUGGGAAUGGGUACCAACAUGUAUCCUUCAUCAGCUUUACUUGGGCAGGACAAGGAUGAAUCCAUUGCUGCCUUACCAAUUGAUGAACUAAUAGAAAAAGCUGACGGAUUUGCUGGUGUAUUUCCUGAGCACAAGUAUGAGAUUGUGAAACGCUUGCAAGCUAGGAAACAUAUAUGUGGAAUGACUGGUGAUGGAGUGAAUGAUGCACCUGCCCUGAAGAAGGCAGACAUUGGUAUAGCUGUUGCUGAUGCUACUGAUGCAGCUCGUAGUGCAUCUGAUAUUGUUCUAACAGAACCUGGUCUAAGCGUUAUUAUAAGUGCUGUUUUGACCAGCCGAGCUAUCUUCCAGAGAAUGAAAAAUUAUACAAUUUAUGCAGUCUCUAUUACAAUUCGUAUCGUGCUUGGUUUCAUGUUGCUGGCUCUUAUAUGGGAGUUUGACUUUCCACCCUUUAUGGUGCUUAUCAUCGCCAUCCUAAAUGAUGGUACUAUUAUGACCAUUUCAAAAGAUCGUGUAAAACCAUCUCCUUUGCCAGAUAGCUGGAAGCUAGCAGAGAUAUUUACUACUGGCAUUGUGCUUGGAAGUUACUUGGCAAUGAUGACAGUCAUAUUCUUUUGGGCAGCAUACAAAACAAACUUUUUCCCGCGAGUGUUUGGAGUCUCAACUCUUGAAAAAAAUGCUCAUGAUGAUUUCCGAAAGCUUGCUUCAGCAAUCUAUCUUCAAGUGAGCACUAUUAGUCAGGCUCUUAUAUUUGUAACUAGAUCUCGAGGUUGGUCAUACGUGGAGCGUCCUGGUUUAUUGCUGGUGGUUGCUUUUAUUGUUGCUCAAUUGAUUGCCACUUUGAUUGCAGUGUAUGCAAACUGGAGCUUUGCUGCAAUUGAAGGAAUUGGUUGGGGUUGGGCUGGUGUUAUAUGGAUAUACAACAUAAUAUUCUACAUCCCACUUGAUAUCAUUAAAUUUUUAAUUCGUUAUGCUUUGAGUGGUAGGGCUUGGGACCUUGUCAUCGAGCAAAGGAUUGCAUUCACAAGGCAAAAGGACUUUGGAAAGGAACAACGUGAACUUCAAUGGGCACAUGCACAAAGAACAUUGCAUGGAUUACAACCACCUGACACCAAAUUCAAUGAGCGCACACAUGUCAAUGAACUCAAUCAGAUGGCCGAAGAAGCUAAAAGGAGAGCUGAAAUUGCAAGGUUGAGAGAACUUCAUACACUAAAAGGUCAUGUAGAAUCAGUUGUGAGAUUGAAGGGACUUGACAUAGACACAAUUCAGCAAGCAUAUACAGUCUAAAGAUGCUCAUAUGAUUUGCAUACUUAUACUGUAAAAAGUUACAUUGUAAUGUUGCUGAGAAGAAUAUAAUGUAAUGAUUACACACGUUCAACUUUAAUGUCCUUUUAGUCCUGCCGUCUGUUUUGAGCACUUGAAGAAGUGCUUUUGUGAGGUCAAUUUAUGUCAUAUUAUUUCUGGGUACCACUCUGUCUGUCUACCUGUCAGUCACGCACUCUCCACAAUUUCAUGAUGACAGGAACGAAGAGAAAUCCACCCUUGUAUUCUAUGCCUCUGAACUCAUUAGCUAUCUAUAUUAUAUACCUCAAUUUCUUUCAU